GUUGUGUGCAUUUAUGACAGUAAUAUAAGAAUAUUUUUUUUCUUUCAAGUCAACAAAAAGGUCUGCAUGGCUUAAAGAGAUCUUGCUAAUCAUUAACUGGCCAGUGGGAUUUAUUGGAAGCAGAGAAGCUGUCAUGUAGCAUUUGCUACUGUGGCUUGAAUUGAGGGACAGUGAGCCGCCUGGACUGGAAGCCAUGCACCCCUGCCGCGAUUGUCACAAGUGCUCCCCACAGUAUCUGGAGAAUGGGACAUUCCUGCUGGAACAAGAGGGCAGGAUGUGCCCCCCAUCAGAGCAAGCGUGGGCUCAAGGUCAUUUCUCCAGCGUCAGUAGCUGUAAGAGCCGUCCUCAGCGCUGCGGCCCCGCCCGGACACAGAGAGACUGGCACUGCCCAGUGUGCCUGCAAACCCCCACUUUUCCCAUCAGAACCAACUGUGGCCAUCUUUAUUGCGCUCCUUGCUUGAUAACGUACUGGAAGCACGGGUCCUGGUUGGGUGCUGUUAGCUGCCCGCUGUGCCGGCAGGAGGUCAGCGUUCUCCAUCAUCUGUUCACAGAGAGUAGGAUGGACCAGCAAGUGAGCGACGUGCUGGCAGACAUCACACACUACAACAAGCGCUUCUCGGGAUCACCGCGACAGGUCACCGACUACCUGUAUGAUGUACCACACUUCCUGGGCCUUUUCCUCCGCUCCCUGGGCAACCUGGGCGGCUUGGUAGGGCUCUUCCUGCUCCGGGUGACCGUGUGCAUGUUCGGAGCCUUAACUGCUAUGGCCUCAUCCUGGGAGACCAACCCGGAGCCCUUCUGUGGACUGCUGGGCCUGCUGGAUGACGUAGCGGUGGUCUCCCUGCUCCUCAUUUCCGUCGUCAACGUCAGACAGGAAAUGAGGUCGCAGGAGGCGGCCAUGACACGAGCUUCAGCAUGUCCUGAGAGAGAUCCGAUAACCUCGCACGCCACCACUACCGACGGAUUUGCAUGACGUCCAUAAGUGAACUUGGCUUAUGAACCAAAACAAAGGUUUCCCGGCUGAGGGGUGUACAGAUGCGUGUGACAAAAUGCCAGGGCUGCUAUUUAAGACUCGCAACAGGGGUGAUUUGCUGUAGAACGCUGAUCUAGAAGAGGACAGCCUUCUGAAAUCAGUCCAUAAAUCAGAAAGGAAAGGCAAUCCAACUAAAUAAUGUAUUUGGAAAAAAAAAAAACUGUACAUGUGUUAAAAAACUUAGUCUUUAGUUACUGUUUAGAUAUCUUUAUAGAUGCAAGACCUUGUGUUUAUAACAGUGGUGUAAAGAUAAAUGUGUUUGAUGUUGAAACUGUACUUCUGUAAAUAAGUAUGACGAUAAAGAUCCAUAUUUAUGACCCUG